AUGUGGGUGGCCGGUCGCGACGGACGUAAGAAACGGCCGGAUGACAGUCCUAUAGGUGCGGGACCACACAGCGCGCGCCUGCUCAGGCACAACAACGAAAGAAAAAACCGGCGGCAGCCGGUCGAGAGUGCCUGGAGAGCCAUAUCAUCUCUGCAUAAAGCACAUUUUCCUCCUACUUUCCCAGGCAGCUCAGUCAACGUUCCAUUCUUUGAUCGGUCAGAUUUGAGCUGGAAUCUGAGAAGGUUUUUUUUUGAGAAAGAGCGAAGUUUGAGCUGAGAAAAGUCAAUAGUGCAAACUUUUCUUUGCUCGCCUUUUUGAGAAAAAGCUGGUGAAGGUUUUUUGGCUAGGGAUAUUUUUUUUUCAAGUGGCCUAGAUACGAAAAAAUCUUUUAAGUUUGGUUCUACAUUUCCUCAAACUUCUUCCGGAGAACUGUGUUAUAUCAAUCUUCAUCAUUUUUCUGAUCAGUUCUUAAAGAAGAAAUGAUGAUCCUUGAUCUUCUGACUCAUUUGAAAACGUUUCUCAUCUGAGCGGCUUUCCUCCUUUUUUGCACCGAGAAGUGGAGCAUGAUAAGAUGAGAAGAUCGACCAAAUAUUUGUUGAUUGUGAAUGAUGGAGCGCAAAAAGCGCUUCUGAUCUGCACACAAGCCGCCUUUGUCGCCUUCCCAUUCAUUCUAUUCUAGGAUCAUUUUUACAAACAUUUAUGGAUUAUCGCAGAGUUCACCACGAGGGCUCUUCGUAUCGACGACGAUCGUCGUGGCGUUCAACCCCGACUUCCUCACGAAAAAUGAUCGUGUUUUCAAAGUUCAAUGCUUCUACAUGGAGAUGGUGCGUCGACUGCAGAAGGAAAUCGAAAUUAUGUUGGUUUUAAACUCAAUUUUUAAAGGGAAAGGUACAAUUUGAGGAUGCCUCAACCAACAAUGCACGCCAAGCAAUUGCCGAUGCCUGUGUGCAAGUAUGAAGUCCUCGACGGCUCUCCUACUGGACCUCCAGUUUAUUUUGCAACUGUCGGACAAAUGGUUUGAAUUUCCACAAAGCUUCCAGUUCUGGCUUCAAUCGCAGAUGAAUCUACCUUUUUGAUCACCUUAUUCAUUCUUUUAAAGGUUUAUCAUAAAUGGACUUGCGAGACGGAGCACGAAAACACCUUCUGCAUGUUAGUUCAUUCGUGUUUUGUUGACGAUGGCAACGGUCAAAGAGUCCAGCUUUUGAAUGAAAAAGGGUCAGUUCAACAAAAAAUCAGAAAAAUAAGCGUCUUCUGGGACAUUCUACCAAAUGCCUCAAUUAGCUUUCAAAGCAUUUAUUUGCAGUUGUGCUUUGGAUAAGUAUCUUCUGACGAACUUGGAAUAUCCGACUGAUUUGAUGGCGGGAAGAGAAGCCCACGUUUACAAGUACGCCGACCGCGACAACAUGUACUUCGACUGUCAGAUUUCGGUCACUGUCAAGGAACCGGGACUCGACUACUGUGAUGUGAGUUCCCAUUAGAAGAAUUUCGAAAAAACCUUAAAAAAAUAAUCUUCAAAACGGUUUCUUUCUCACUUCUAAAAGUUCGAAAAAUAGUUCGCAAAGUACUUUAUAUACAUCAAAAAAAGCAAAUUGAACUUUCUGAUAACUUGAAAAUGUCUAAAACACAUUGAAAAAGAGCUUUGAAUUCAAAUACUUUCAAAUCUAAAAAAUGAUCAAAACGAACUAAACUUUCUAGUUUCCAUUUUCUCACUUCUCUGAUGAGGAGCUUCUUUUGCAGGUUCCUUCUUGUCCGGACCCGCCCAGAAGACGGCGCUCGACAGACUACGAAAACGUAGAAUACGAUUUACACUAUAAUAUCACAGAGAGUAGGAUACGAACUCCAAGCAAAAAAUCCCUGUUAUUCUAAUCUUGCAGCCGAAGAAGAUGGAGUUAGCAGGAACUACAUAAUUCCAAACGACGACAUCAUUUACCUGAACUGGUUACAGAGGAACUUCGACAUGAGAAACGUGGGUUUACUUCACUUCUUCGGAAAAAUCAUUUUAUCGUGGGAAUAACGGAAAUUCCAGGCCAUGAUGUGUAUGACAGGAGCUGGAGCAACUCUACUCGCUUUCCUGAAUGCUUCACUUUUCAUCGUCUCUUUUGCUGGAAUCAUUUUCGCCUGCUGCAGUCGAUCGUCGAAGAAGACGCAGUACUGA